GGGGGGGGGGUCCUCGCCGGCGCGCGGAAAAAAACGCGCCAAGUUGUCCGGCGGUGUCCGCGCGGUCUCCAUGGCAACGGCGCGCGGGAGCGGGGCCGGCAUGUAGCGGUGUGAGCGCCCCGGCCGCGCCCCGCAGGAACCAUGCCCGGCGUCCUGCCCGGCGACAGCGCCAGGGCCAGCCCCUCCAAGAAGAACCGGCUGUCGCUGAAGCUGUUUCAGAAGAAGGAGGCGAAGCGGGUGCUGGAUUUCGUGGAGGCGCAGGAAAAUGAGGCGAAGGGAGCGGAGUUGCGAGGCGCCGAGAUUGACCAGGUGGUUCCUGCAGCACAGCCCCCCUCCCUUGUCAGCUGUGAGAAAAAAGACAACAUGUUGCCUUUUGUGGGCUUGAACAACCUGGGCAACACCUGCUACCUGAACAGCGUCCUGCAGGUAUUAUAUUUUUGUCCUGGUUUUAAAACUGGAGUAAAACAUUUAUAUAACAUUAUUUCAAAGAAGAGAGAAUCUUCAAAGGAUGAAGGAGAGCAAAAGGCAGAAAAGGGAAGCUGUAAAGAAGAUCCUUUGGCAAGUUACGAGCUCAUCUGCAGUUUGCACUCCUUGAUCCUUUCAGUGGAGCAGCUUCAAGCCAGUUUUCUCCUAAACCCAGAGAAAUACACGGAUGAAUUGGCCACUCAGCCCCGAAGGCUGCUGAACACCCUCAGAGAGCUGAACCCCAUGUACGAAGGGUACCUGCAGCACGACGCCCAGGAGGUCCUGCAGUGUAUCCUGGGGAACAUCCAGGAAACCUGCCAGCUGCUGAAGAAGGAAGAGCUGAACAAACUGCCUGUGGAAGAGCCUGCAGCGAAACUGGAGGAAAAACCCAACCAAAACUCUGAGAGCAAUGGGUCUGUCAGCCCUGCUGAGGCGGAGGAUCCCACCCCGGGCAGCCACGGCGGAGACGCGGCCAAGGAGAAGCUGCUCAAGGCAAACGGGAAAAGGAAAAGCGACGCCGAGGGCGGCAACGCCAAGAAAAAAUCCAAAGUAUCAAAAGAGCAAAUUGCAGCAGAAGAAAAUCAAAGACAAACCAGGUCCAAGAGGAAAGCCACGGGAGAAAAGAUGGAAAACCAAACGGACGCCAUUGCCAAGUGUUCUGGGGACAGCGAGAGCGCCAAGCCCACGCAGAAAAAGUCACGCCUUAGGUUAAACUGGUUAAAAUCUUCCUGCAGACAGCCCAGUAUUCUGUCCAAAUUUUACAGUCUAGGAAAGUUAACUACAAACUUGGGAUCCAAAGAGCCAGGGAAAGAAUAUGACUGUGAGUUUGAAGAGUCAGCUGUCAAGUGUGAAAAUGGUGACAGUAAAGAAGAAUAUCGUGAACCAGCGUCUCCCGUGGAAAGCCAUCAUGGAAAAGGAACUGAAAAAGAACCAAAAAAGGAAGGUACUGAGCUGGCUGUCUUCGAGCUGGUGGAGAAACUCUUCCAGGGCCAGUUAGUGCUGAGGACGAGGUGCUUGGAGUGCGAGUGCUUCACGGAAAGGAGGGAGGAUUUUCAGGACAUCAGUGUCCCAGUGCAAGAAGAUGAACUUUCUAAAAGUGAAGAGAGUUCUGAAAUUUCUCCAGAGCCAAAAACAGAAAUGAAGACUCUGAAAUGGGCAAUUUCCCAGUUUGCCUCAGUGGAGAGGAUUGUGGGAGAGGACAAGUAUUUCUGUGAGAACUGCCACCACUACACGGAAGCUGAGCGCAGCCUUUUGUUCGAUAAAAUGCCCGAAGUGAUCACAAUUCACUUGAAGUGCUUUGCUGCCAGUGGCUUGGAGUUUGACUGCUACGGGGGCCUGUCCAAGAUCAACACGCCGCUGCUGACGCCCCUCCGGCUGUCCCUGGAGGAGUGGAGCACGCGGCCCACCAACGACACCUAUGGGCUCUUCGCCGUGGUCAUGCACAGCGGCAUCACCAUCAGCAGCGGCCACUACACGGCCUCGGUGAAGGUCACCGACCUGCAGAGCCUGGAGCUGGACAGGGGCAACUUCCUCCCCGAGCCGGGCUACGCCGCGCUCAAGCCGGAGCCGCUGACCGAGGAGGAGGCGCGCGCCGUGGCCGAGGACUACGACGACGGCGAGGUCUCCUUCAGGCCCAGCGGCGCCGCGCCGCCGGGCAAGGUGCUCAGCAAGAAGAACAUGGAGGCCGUGGGGCUGCUCGGGGGGCAGAAGAGCAAGGCUGACUGUGAGCUGUGUGCCAGCAAACAGCCCAACCCCGAGAAGCUCCUGAGCGUGGCUCCCGAGCCCCGCAGCGAGCCCAGCGCCGAGCCCAGGGCGGAGCAGGGCGAGCCCGCGGCGCUGGGAGCACACGGACUGGAGAACAAAGCCCUCUACGUGCUCCAGAGCCUCAAGGAGUACGAGGGGAAGUGGCUGCUCUUCGACGAUUCUGAAGUGAAGGUCACAGAGGAAAAGGACUUUCUGAAUUCUCUUUCUCCAACAUCGUCAUCUACAUCGACUCCUUACCUACUGUUUUAUAAGAAAAUUGUAGAGUGAUGCUGUACUGUAAAUAUUUGGGAUUUGCAUACACCUCUGGCUCUGAUUUGCAUCCAAACUACCUGGAAGCAACGGCUGUUUGUUUUUUGAAGCUACUGAUUCUUCAUCCUUCUGGUCUAUUUCUUUCUUUGGUGUCAAGUGGCUCAACUCGAAUUAACAGAACGUGACAUAGGACUUGACUCACACCAUAACUUUUCUGCUGGAGAAUAGUGCUCUGACCUUUUAGAAAUAACAGUUUGUAUAGAUUCUAAACAAUGCCUACAGCACCCAGUAGUGGUUUUAAUGCAGUCUAGGUCUCAGACAUGCCUGUUGUAUUAUUAGCUUUUUUUUUCUUUUUUUUUUUACCCUUUUCCCCCCUUUUUUUUUUUAAAUAAAAGUUAUUUGUAUUCAUACCCUGGAGUAAAUGUAUAUUAACUAGCAAAUUUCAUCAGAAGUUGUGUAUUUUUGUAACUUGGGAAGUUCACAUUUAGUCUUUGGGUAAUGGACGUGUUUAUUCUCCUGCUCCCAUAUUUUCCUGCUCCUUGCAACUUGAAGCACAAGGAAAGGAAAAAAAGGAAGGAAAAAAAAGUCUGGGAACCUUGUCCAGAGCAUUGGAGGGAACUGAAUUCGUGGAAGUGUUUGACUGGUCUAAUUUACAUCUUGAUGCAUAGUUGUUAAUGAGCAAACUGUAAAUAAGUGUGAUCAAUACUACAAACUAGGGGCAGAGUGUAGUGUAAUUAAAAUAAUUUUGUACUUUGAAGAGUGAAGCCCUCAAAUCUGCAUCUCUGUUUGGGGUGGUUGGGAACUUAGUGGUGACCUUCUAACUGAAGUUAAUUUGUACCUGGAGCUGACUGAAACGUGGGGGAGAGGAGAGUGUUUGGCUUUGAUGCUUUGUUAAGAAUGUACAUAAGAAAUAAAAAAGUUAUCAUCAGCAUCUGA